AUCAUCGCAAGUCAGCGGGCGAAAUUGCGUUAUUCAUAACCGCAACAAAAGUCAAAAGGCAACGAAGAAAAAAGCAGCAGGCGUAGACUGUGGAACGAUAUUGUAAGAGUGGAGUGACGAAAGCAAAACCGGGGCGUGAAAAUUGAUUUUUUCUUGGAGCUGUCAAUAGCCGCAGAACGGAAUAUACGGUAAAUGAUCGCGGCUGUGGAUUGCUAGCUUACGCGAACUAUUUACUGCGAUAGAAAUUCAGUUUGCGUGGAUAGUGGAUUUACCGAAAAAGUAUCGCAUUACCAAGUGGCCCUGCCGGAGUGUGCGACUGGAUAAGGGAAACCUACGGCAAACGAAUUUUCACGUGAAGAAGAAAGAAGUGUGCGUAUUAGUGCUUGAAUGUGAGACUGGGGUCGUGAAUUUUAUCGAUCCAUUUGAUUAAAUAGGAAUUUUUCGUUCCUGUUUGCGAGAAAACCAUCGAACGGGAACGAAAUCCUGGGGGAUUUCUAGGAAAUACAACGGAAACGUGGAAAACGGUAAAGGAAACGUAAGAAGUAGCGGGAAAUAAUCGGUUUCCGCAAUAGGAGAUUUUGGAUACGCUUGCUUUUUUUGUUGUUGUGUAAGGUUAUUUAUUUCUCUCCGGAGGAGGAUCGUUCUAGGAAGUUGUGGAUUGUUGAAGUUUUAAUUUCUGGAAAUUGCGAUAGAGCCAGCCAAGAUGGCCAACAAACCAGUGCAGCUGCUUACGAUCGAGCCAGCAAAUGAACUCAAAUUUGUGGGUCCAUUCUGCACAGCCGUUUCAUCUUUCAUGCGAUUAACCAACCCGACUGAUCACAAUAUUUUGUUUAAAAUCAAAACUACCGCACCUAAGAAGUACUGCGUGCGCCCAAACUGUGGUCUGCUGGAACCAAAAAAUACUGUCGAAAUUACCAUUAUCCUUCAACCAUUUAUUUUCGAUGCGACCGAGAAGAAUAAGCACAAGUUUAUGGUUCAGUCUAUGAUUAUGCCGGCUGGCGACGUUUCUCCUGAGCAGCUCUGGAAAGACGUCAGCCCAGAUGAGCUGAUGGAUUCGAAAUUGCGUUGUGUGUUUGAACUGCCAGUCGAUAACCAGAGUACUACGGCGUCGCCACCAGGAACUGGCCCGGCGAGCACGGCCACCGUCACUCAGUCUACAAGCGCUACACCGAAUAGGAACGAAUCAGGACUAGCUUCGAUGGAGCCACAACAUGCCGGCAACAUUAACAACGACGAGGAAAAGCUGUCAGACACCACGCUGGUGCAAGAGUUGAAGAAAUUGCGGGAAGCUGAAAGCGCACUGCGUCACGAGAAUCUUCUACUGAAGGAACGACUUCUACGAAUGCGGUUAGAAGUGGAUAACGUCAAAGAGCGAGAGCCACAGUCUGUAUCGUCAGGCUCGAGCGGCAUCGCCUCGUCCCUAUCAGCCGGCAGUGUUUCGUCCGGUGCGGCGGCUGCUGCCCAAUACCAGAACCCUUAUAGUCCGCCCCAACUGGCCGCCCAGCAGCAGAUUCCCAUCAUUUACGUGGCCGCGGCAAUCGCAAUGGCUAUAUUUGGGCUGAUUCUCGGUAAGUUUGUACUCUGAACGCUGAAUGUAAACAACCGCAGCGGCUUCAGUAGCAGCAAGGGCAAUGAUAAUAAGCUAAACUAAAACAAAAACCAAGUUUAUUAAAUUACUAUUCAGAAGAAUAAUCGGGGGCAGUUACGUACGUCAAGAUUCAAAAGCAAAAUGUAAUGGGGAAAUUGUUACGGAAAAGGUAAGCAUUAUGCUAUCAAUAAAAGCAGUUAUAAAUGAGAAAACUAGCAGUAAACUAAUAAAACUACACAUAAUUAAAAAAAAAGAAACUAUAGAAGAAAAAUGAGGAUCAAUGUCAAAGCGUACGUUUACACACGGUUGCAGUUUAGGUUAGAGUGAAAAGCUUCAGCGUGAGAGCAUUAAUGAAAAAGCAAAAUUGAAAUCAUUUAUGAGAAGAACUGCUGUGUUUAAUAAUCAAACAAUAUAGUCUGCUGGUGGCAGGUUCCAUAAGAAAAUGUAUUUAUCCUAAAUAAUACCAAGUAACAAUUCAACAACUAAAAAAUGUCGGCAGAAAGAAAGUUACAGGAAAUGAACAAUUAGUUAACCAUCGUCUCGUUGUUGAUUUCAGCAAUGGAAUUAAAGUCUAGUUUGAUUUCGGUUAAAUCUGAAUACACCCAUACACAAACAAAUUAUUCAAAAUGAAACGAUAUUCUCGCUUAGAGGUAGCAUAAAUUAGUUGAGCAAACAAUACAAAGUUCAUCCCACGGUACCAGGGUUUCGAUACGCCGUGCGGUAAACCCAAGCGCUGCCUCCGUGAUCCCGAGGAACAGGACAUGCGUGGAAACGGAACAGGUCGAAGGUUUUUCUUUGUCAGAAUGUAAAACAAAAAAAACGCUAGCAAUUAAGAAUAAUAGCCUAUUAAUAUGAGAAAAGCAUGUUUGUUACGUUAUAGUUUGAUGAGCCCCUUACCAGAAAUGAAUUACCUUGCUAGCAUAUAAAACCGGAAACUCGAUCUUUGCACCAAACGACUCGUCAAACAGUACUAGGUACCUUCACGAUGUAACAACUACAGCCCUAACGUUUCUGGCGCCGAUGGAAAGCUAGCUUAUUUUGGUAUAAUUCGUAGCACCGGCUCGGGUGCGUAAAAUUAGCACUAACUAGUACGUAAAAAUGUUAGGUGUAUACUAUCGAAGAGAGCGGUACCUUCUGGAGUGGAAAUUUGGCAAAUUGAAAAUCUUUAGUUACAUGACUAAAGAAGAAAUAUUGCAACCGGACAAAUAUAGAACAUGAAUAUAACCAUUUAUUAUUAACAAACAAAAAAAACCAUUACAGCGCUGCUUGAUACUACUAAACACCCACACAGACACAUUUACAUUUAGAUAAAAUCGGAAAUGGGACAGGAAUAUGCUAACAGGCGAUCCUUAGAAUAAAAGAACAAUCGCAGUCACAUGCCGCAACAUACACUUGAAACAGCAAAACUACAUGCGAUUGAACACUUUAGUAGAAUUGAAUUCUAAACAAAACAACAGAAGAAUGCACUCUUAUAUCGUAUUACAUUGUGGCAACUUGUGAAGGAGAAAAAGGUCAACCAUUUCCACCAGUGUUAAUAAUUAACGUCAUAUGUUUCAUUUAAUCGGUGUUGCUGCCGUUUAUAUAAGAGAGUCUAGGACAUGAAUGCGCUCUUAGUUGCUUACAAGCAUAAAUUAAAAGCAAAACAGAAAAAUCAAUCUUGACCCAUAAGCAACGGUUCACUCAAGUAGAAUUUUAACAAAAGCAAGACAUUGUAUGCGUUCUGUUGUAGAUUUCGUUAUUUCUUUUUUUUUCUUUUCAUGUAAGUCCUACCGUUAGUUUGUGUUUUGUUUACUGCGCAUUGAAGCCUUGGUCGUGGUUAUUUUGUUUUCUUUUUAUCAACGAAUGAAAAUGUUUCCAACUUAUCAGGUAGUUUUUUCUUGCUCUUUUGCUAGCGUUCAAAAACUAUUCGAGAAAUAAAUAAUGGAAU